UCACUAUGGCAACACAACACAACAACAGAGUCACAGCCAGGGAUGCAGAGACAGAAAGACUUAGGGGAUUUAUUAAGAAAAGUAUUCAAACGUUCAGAACUCCAUAAGAAGAACAUCUGAAAUGUCUGGUUGAAACGGGGACCUGUGUCAGCAGACUAUGGCCCCUGCAGUGAACAUGGAGAUGGUUCCGUUGUUCAAGGGCCGCAGAGAGCAGAAUGUGGUCUUCCUGCUGGACACGUCUGAGAACAUGAAGAGUGUCCUGGGCCCUGUGAAGCAGCUGCUGAUCCAGGCGCUGCUGGCCCGCUUCCCUUACCGAGAGUCUCUCUUCAACCUCAUGGCCAUCUCCAGAAAGCUGAACCGCUGGUCACAGACCAUGCUCCCCUGCGCACCCGGCACCGUGUACGAGGCUUUGUCCUGGGUCCACUCUCUGACCUGCGGCCCUGGAGGAGACCUCCUGACGGCCCUGAGCGUGGCGCUGAUGGACCCCGACUGCAACGCGGUCCACCUGGUCACAGCCGGCCUCCCGUGCAACACCGAUGCGGUCCUCCACGCCCUGCCCGCCGUUACAGAUGGACGGACAGUGAACUUCUUCUACGUGUUGGAUCAAUCGAGCCCCUGGUUCAACAGCCUAGCGCAAGAUGUCCUGCGGUGUCCUGCCCUCGCCACUAGAGGGAGCUGUUAUCUCAUUCCAGUUGGGUCCGAUGGGGCGCUGAUGGGGAAGGUUGUUCCAUUCCACAUGACUGAGAGCCUGACCUCAUCGCCCACCUCCUGUUCUGGGACGUCUGUCCCUCCAUCCAUUCACAUCCCACACCAACACACUUCUCCUCCGUUUUUCAGGUGCAGUCUGGGUAACCAUCCGGUGACAUCCUGUCUGCCGUGUGACCUGACGCCACACAGCAGCAGAAUCAGCAGCGGGUAUAUCCCCGGCUGUCGCGUGCUGGCCAGGAGGCAGCAGGACGGACUUUACUACCCGGGGACCGCAAUACUAGAAUGUCGGCGCGGACUGUGGCUGGUUGAGUUGGAGCUUCUAGAAGGCGCCUCUACGGUCUCCGAGCAGCAGCUCGUCUGCUCCUUGGACAUGAUCCCCCAAACGGGGGCCCACACAGGCCGGCUGGUACCCGGGGAUGCGGUCAUGACGCCAUGGGAACCGGGUGUGGGGAGGCCGUACGGGCCGGGGCUGGUGACGGCGGUGAUCGAGCACCAGGACUCUCUGAAUGUAGCUGACGGCGGCCCCACCCUUUGGGUGCGGAUGUGGAGCGGUUGUGUGGCUUUGGUCCCCCGGUCUCUGGUGGUCCACGUCUCCUCCUCCGACUACAGCCGGCUGGUCCAGGAGCAGGGGGGUCCAGGGUUGUCCCACUGCUGGCCCUGCCCCCCCACCCCUCCCUGGGCUCACCUCAGGGGCUGCCAAUCAACACCUGCCGCGUGUUACUGCCCGCCCCUUCAGGGGCGCUGUGCGUGGGCCGGCCCCCUGGGAGGCCUUGGGGGAUGUGAGAGGGCAAAGCUGGAGGAGGAGGCCCGUCUCCUGUUGGAGAACCUUGCUGCAACAGAGAUGUUGAGAAGCAGGUCCUCUCUGGCCACGGCUGAGGCGGUGACCAUCGGGGUGUCCCUUCCAACGUUCAGGCCCAAAGGGGACCAGAACAGACCUCCUUGGAGGUACUGGCGAAGGAGCACCCCUGAACCCCAACACAGGAAGCCAGGGACGCCAGCGGCCAGAAGAGCUAUACAGCCUGCCCGCUCCAGCCUCCCCAUGCUGCAGGUCAGCCUGUCUCCAAACCACAGCUCCAUGUUCCAAACCGUCGCUGCUUCUGUCAGGAGAGCAGACAUCAGAGCCGUCUUUGAAGGGACGCAUUUCCAACCCAGACCCCCCGCUAGCUGUAAAACAAACGCAGCUACGGCUGUUCACCUGAGGAUGAAUUGUUCCCCAUAAACAAUGCUACGCUUCUGUAUGACUGAUCUGUGCGAUUGUCUUGAGAUGUAUAGCGCACAAAGAAGGGAAGAUACAAAUAUGAAAUAUGAAAUAAAAAUAAUUGUAUAAUUUUAA